UUCCGAAGUCUCACGACGACUCUCUCUCUAUAUCUCAACUGUUAAAAAAUUCUAGUCUGAAUGAAUAUAUAAAAGGAUUGUGAAAAAAUGGCAUUUUUGAGGUCAAUUGUGACUGCAAAAACAACCGCCAUUGCUGCUGUUAUUCCAGCUGCUGCUUUUGCUAUUUCUUCCAUUUCCUCCUCCUCCUCCUCCUCCUCUUCUUCUUCUUCUUCGCACUUCGAACGCUUAUCGAAAAAUCUAAAAUUUGCUUCGAAUCCGAAUCUCCGAUUAAGCUUCGCGAAGAAUAUAGAAAAAUCAAGUCCUCCUUCAGCUCUUCAUAUGGACGCGCCUUCUUCCAAUCAUCAAACUUCCGUCGAGAAUGGCGCCGUUUUGCCUGAUUUGCUGACAGAAUUUAUGGUGGACAUGUCGUGUCAAGGCUGUGUUAACGCAGUCAAGAGCAAACUGCAAACUGUUGAAGGUGUCAAGAAUGUGGAUGUGGACCUCGAUAAUCAAGUAGUGAGAGUUCUUGGAUCUUCACCUGUGAAGAUUUUGACAGAAGCCUUGGAGCAAACAGGUCGAAAAGCCCGACUGAUUGGACAAGGAGUUCCGGAUGAUUUCCUUAUAUCUGCUGCUGUUGCGGAAUUCAAAGGGCCAGACAUUUUUGGUGUUGUUCGCUUGGCUCAAGUCAAUUUGGAAUUAACUAGGAUUGAAGCAAACUUCAGUGGACUGUCACCUGGAAAGCAUGCUUGGUCAAUUAAUGAAUUUGGUGAUUUGACGAGGGGGGCAGCUAGUACUGGGAAAUUGUAUAGCCCACCACUCGGUGACCUGGGAACACUGGAAGUUGAUGUGAAAGGCGAGGCAUUUUAUUCUGGUGCUAAAGAGAAGCUGAGAGUUGCUGACCUGAUUGGGCGAGCUAUAGCAGUAUAUUCAACUGAAGAUAAAUCAGAUCCUGGCCUUAAAGCAGCAGUGAUAGCUAGAAGUGCAGGAGUUGGUGAGAACUACAAGAAACUCUGCACUUGUGAUGGUACAACUAUUUGGGAAGCAACCAACAAACUAUGAAUACUUACACUAUCGUAGACCUAUAUGUUCUUUGUAUACUACAUCUCCAUCAUUUCCAAGAUCCUGAAGCUUUCAAGUUGGACGGAUCAUUUUAAUGUAUCAAAAUAAAUGUAUCAUUUGCUCAUUCAUUUCUUGGUUCUUAUUUACAGA